CAGGGGUGGACUGACAACUCAUGGGGCCCCUGGGCAAUAGGGGAUCAUGGGGCCCCUGUGUCCUCGCCCACACUCAAUCCACACUCAAAAAAAGCCUAUGGAAGGUACCAGGGGCAUCUCAUGGGGCCCCUUACUGACCCCGGGCCCGCAGGCAGUGCCCGAGUGUCUGAAUGGUCAGUCCGCCCCUGGUACCAACUAAUACUUACCUGAACCUGAUCCUCACCCAGUGCUGUACAGGGGAGCCUCCACUCUCCUUGGUCUCUCUCUCCCCAUUGGCAGAGAUACAGCAGCAGCUCCCGCUGCUGUCAUUCACAGCCAACUGAGGUUUAUUUUAUUUUAUAU